AUUUUCUGGUAAAACAAAAGUCCCCUCGUAUUUUCACUUUCAGUUCACGUUUUCACGCGCGAGUUGUUUUCUUCUUUCUCCGACUCGUCAAAUCGGCGAUGGCCAGCUCUCUGCAACGCAUCACGAGCCAGGCUCGUCUUCUCCGGACCACCAUCGCUUCAGGGUCGAGACCAUUCUCCGCCGACGCUUUGGUACAGUACCGCCCCGGCGAGAUCGGAAGAGUCUCUGGCAUCCCCGAUGAACAUCUCACCAGAAAGGUUGUGAUAUACUCACCAGCAAGAACUGCGAGUCAACAAGGAUCAGGGAAAGUUGGCAAGUGGAAGAUUAACUUUGUGUCCACACAGAAGUGGGAGAAUCCAUUGAUGGGCUGGACUUCAACUGGAGACCCUUAUGCUAACGUUGGUGAUGCUGGACUAGGUUUUGACAGUGAAGAAGCUGCAAAGCAUUUUGCCCAGAACCACGGUUGGGAUUAUGUGGUUAAGAGGCGGCACACACCAUUGUUGAAGGUGAAGUUAUAUGCAGACAACUUCAAGUGGAAGGGCCUCCCUAAAACUGAGGCAUGAUUGGUUUCAGUGCUUUCAGUUCGAUCUUAAGAGGGUGAUUGUGCAACAAAGCUUGCACUUGUCUUUUUCCUAUUUCAUUGUAAAAGUCACCUGAUCGAGAGAAAACAAAAAAAAUCCUUGAUCAUCGAUCAUAUAAUAAACGGAACUUAUGUUGUUAAUC